UCAGCUUCGUCUCUCUGUUGUUCUCACACGGUCACAUUUGACAGCGGGACCAACGCAGAACAGAAGCAACUAUGGCUAAAAGUGAUGGAUGCGCUUACUUUAAAAGAACCAGUCUGAUUUGGAUGGUCAGCAUAACACUGGCGAUAGGAUAUUUCACUUGCAUCGUGUUUGUGCCAGAAAAAAUCCCAUUGCAGUCCCUUGGACCAUUUGGCACGUUCUGCAGAUACCUUGUGGACAACCAUGGUGACCUUAUGUACAAAGGGUGGUGGGCUGCUUUGGCCGUGCAUGUUUUCGAGGCUUGUGUUGCGUUGAAGGUGUGCAGUAACAAAGGGAUCACCAAUUCUGCCACUCGCUGCAUGUGGUUUGUCCAGACUUUUCUGUUCGGCUUCGCUUCCCUCGGUCUGCUCCUCAAGUACAACCCUGAGCGUCCCAAACAGCACUGACAACAGCAAGAGAAGCCGACAGAACAACAAUGCAGUAGCUGAAUCCAGAAAAUCAAUGGCCUCCUUGUGCCUUCUUCUUCUACUGCCUUUGAUAUGAAAAAAGUGGAGGAAGUCACCCGAGCCUUUUUCUUUUAUACUGUUUGUUUUGACAAGCAUUGAAGUGAACACUACAUUACACAUUUUCUUAUUUUGUUUAUCUUACUUUCUGUGUUGCUAUCAUAGACAUACAUCUCCAUUUCAUUCCAUAGAUUUUCUAUUAAUAAAUCAUAGAAAGCACAGUUGUGUCUUUUUAUAAAUGAUAUUUUAAUAUUAAGUUCUUAUUGCUAAUUAUAUUAUCAGAAAUUAUUUUGGCAUGAAUCUGCCCUGGGCUGGAUAUUGAGUGUGAUACAGGUUAGUCUUUUAUGAAAUUCUGUACUCUUAACAUGUUUACAAUCAGCCUUGGUGAUGGCGGUAGGAAUAUUUUCUCAGCUGCUGUGAUGAACAUAAUGUCAGACAGGUUGGCUGCAGAUGGUGCACCAGCCUCUAAAGUUCUCCAGGCUAAAAAUAAAGAGAGCUACUGUGUACAUUUAAAAUUCAGACUUGCUUUUCUUAUACUGAAGUGCUUUGAAUUCAAGUUGUUAAAUACAGACUAAUAGUUCUUAAUGGUACAAAAUAAAGAGUAAAGUACAAACAGCA